AUGUCAGGAGAGCGGUCAGCAGCUGAGGUGGACGUGGUCAAUCCUGGGGAUCUGGAAGCAAUGAAGAACGGAGCAAGGACUCUCAGCAUUGCCCAGGUUGGGACAAUUGGAGAGUUUGCGAGUUGGGGCGUGCCAAGACCAGGGCGGCUGGAAGCUGAGGAGGGAUUGGCCCACAGCUGGGAAGUCCAGUGGCAGGAGUUCCUGAAGGUGGUGCACACCCCUCACUGGGGGAGCCCAGAGUCUCCAAAGACCAUGCGCUGGGAAGUUACCAAAUCCUCCCUGGUCCCUUCCGAAACGGUAGCUGAUUUGGGACCUUGUGGAGAGGUGGCAAUCGGUCUUUCGCCAGGCCUCAAAGGAGGAGCUCCCCAAACCUCAGAGGAUCUGUACUCUGGCGAACGGGGAGACAGCGUCAAAGUGGGCAAAGAGAUCUCAAGCAAGGGUGCCACUGUGACAGAGACACAGCGCCAGCGCUUCCGGCUUUUCUGCUACCAGGAGGCUGAGGGGCCCCGAGAGGCCUGCGACCGACUGCAUGCGCUGUGCCGUGAGUGGCUGAAGCCAGAGAGGCGCACCAAGGAGCAGAUGCUGGAGCUGGUGAUCCUGGAGCAGUUCUUGGCGGUCUUGCCACCGGCAAUGCAGAGCUGGGUCCGAGAUGGGAGUCCGGCAACCUGCUCCCAGGCUGUGGUCCUGGCUGAGGAUUUCCUGAUGAGACAGCAGAAGGCUGAAGGAUGGGGAGGACAGGUAAGGCAAAGGAGCUGGGGAACCACUGGUCCACUGGUUAUCCCCAUUUGGCCUGCAAGGCCAUUUUGGGUGAGCCAAACCCACCCACCCUCUACUUGAUGCCAUGUAUAAUGGAAGGGGUUCAGAGGAACAAUUGGAAACUUUAAGGCAAACACCCAAUUGUUCAUUUGCUGGAGCAAGAAGUGCUCCCAUGAUGGGUGGUGGGACGUGUGUUAGAAUGGAGGGGGUUAUCCUCAUUUCCGUGGAAAACGCUCCUCCGUCCCUGUGCUACUUUUUGAGCCGUUGAAAACGGGAGGUUCAAAAAUUCACACAGGGCUGUUUAAAAGCCCUUUUGCAAAGAGCCACACGGGGCUGUUGGGCUUCUGGAUUUUUGAGGUUAAGAGAGCGGUGUGGGGCUGUGCACAGUGAUGGCAGGGGAUUGACCCUUCAGGUUUCGCCUGCCCGGCAUGGGCAGUUAAAGAUCAGGCCCACCAGGCAUGGAAGGCUCCCCACCUCUCUCCUAAAAGGUUUGGCAGGAUGCAGAAUUAGCAAUAGUACAUGGAUGGAGGAACGAGAUCCUUGAACAAAUCCUUUGAGCUCCUAGCCUCUUCUCUCUUUCCACUCUGUUCUAGGCUCUAGGAACUUUGGCAGAAGUGGUUGUGAGCCUCUCUGAAGGGGAUGAGGCUGCUACAGAAUUCUGCAAGGAGAUGAAGAAGGAGAGCAGCCAGAAUGCUGGCUUUCUAGGUAUGUAAUAGCUCCCUCUAUUUCCAAUGCUGAGGCAGUGAGUGCCGUUCCUUACCUUACGACUGGUUUUCAUAUACAGUGGUACCUCUGGAUACGAACGGGAUCCAUUUUGGAGUCCCAUUCACAUCCUGAAGUAAAUGUAAGACGCGCAUGCACAGGUUACGUUUCGUCGCUUCUGCAUAUGCGCGGGUUGCGUUUCGUCGCUUCUGCACCUGCGCGGGUUGUGUUUUGUCACUUCUGUGCAUGCGCGUGAUGUCAUUUUGAGCGUCUGCGCAUGCGCGAGCGGCAAAACCCGGAAGUAACACGCUCCAUUACUUCAGGGUCGCCGCAGAGCGCAACCCGAAAAUACUUAACUUGAAGCUACUUCAACCCGAGGUAUGACUGUAGUGUAUGCAAUUGUGCCAGCUGUUUUUAAAAAUCUGUAUACAGUGGUACCUCAGGUUACAUAUGCUUCAGGUUACAGACUCCGUUAACCCAGAAAUAGUGCUUCAGGUUAAGAACUUUGCUUCAGGAUAAGAACAGAAAUCGUGCUUCGGCGGCGUGGCAGCAGCAGGAGGCCCCAUUAGCUAAAGUGGUUCUUCAGCUUAAGAACAGUUUCAGGUUAAGAACGGACCUCCGGAACGAAUUAAGUACUUAACCCGAGGUACCACUGUAUAUAUUUAUGCAAUGGUUAGAAAGUAGUUUGAUAGAAGCAACUGAACUUCAUCCAAAAAGCAAAAGCUGCCUUAAAAUGCUUGCUUCAGUAGGAAGGUUUUGUCAAGUGGCAGAAUUAGAGCAGGGAGUGGGAGCUCACAGAGCCCAUCCAGUCUAACCCCCUGCCUGUGUAAUGCAGGAUGCGGCCACAGCAUCCCUGACAAAUCCUAGCCCAGCCUCUAGACCUCCAGAGAAGGAGGGCCCCACCUGCACACCACCAUAGCUUUCUGCUCCACCUUCAAGCAGAAAACAUUUAGCCUAAAGCUGCCUCCUUGCAAUUUCCACCAUUCCUACUAGUCUGCCAAUUAGAGCAGCAGAGAUCAAGGGAGCAAUCCUGUAGCAAGAGCUCUUGAAAUGAGCAGCGUUGAGAUCCAUUAGAUAUCCGGCUCCAUCUGAGGUAGUUUGCCCCCCUUUGUUCCCUACCUGCACUCGGCUCAAUCUCACCUGUUGCUCCUAGAAGCUGUCACCAUGUGACAGUGGCCACAAUCCCAGGAAACGGAUUCGACUGGCUGGCUAAACCAGGUGAGGGGAGCCGAUGGGUCUCAAACCCUCAGUGAAUUAGGGACUUCUCCUGAAUACGAAGACAGGCUCCAGUGAUUUGAGCAGAUGAGACCAAGGAUAAUAAAAGGCUAUGGAGUAAUAAAAGGCUAUGGAGUGAAUCCUACACAAAUCCAGAGUGGAUUCUCUAAGAUGGUUGGGUGGCGCUUUCUAUGCCUCCUUCCAGCCACUUCUGCAGCCAAGAUGGUGCCAAACCUAUUGCUCUGCUAUCCUCAGCGAGGCUUGUUCUCUGGGCAGCUCAGGGCCCCCGUACACACUGCCCAGGCUUGCACCCUGAGGGGGUCACUUCAGUGUUGCUAGUGCAAAGUAAUAAUAAUAAUAAUAAUUUAUUAUUUAUACCCCGCCCAUCUGGCUCCAAACAGAAUAUUGAUAUUAAUAAUAAUGUGAUAAAACAUCAAACAUUAAAAAUAUGCAACUGCAGAUUUCACAACUUUGUCACAAAUUUCUCAAACCAGACAACAAAUAUGUGACUUUCAGUAAUAAUAAUAAUAAUUUAUUAUUUAUACGUCGCCCAUCUGGCUGGGUUUCCUCAGCCACUGGGUGGCUUCCAACAAAAUAUUAAAAUACAAUAGUCCAUCAAACAUUAAAAGCUUCCCUAAACAUGGCUGCCUUCAGAUGUCUUCUAAAAGUCAGAUAAGCAUUUCCCUCAUAUCUGAUGGGUGUUCCACAGGGCAGGCGCCACUGCCGAGAAGGCUCUCUGCCUGGUUCCCUGUAACUUUGACACUCACAGUGAGGGAACUACCAGAAGCCCCUUGGUGCUGGACCUCAGUGUCCAGGCUGAACGAUGGGGGUGGAGACGCUCCUUCAGGUAUACUGGGCCGAGGCUGUUUAGGGCUUUAAAGGUCAGCAGCAACACUUUGAAUUGUCCUCGGAAACGUUUUACUUCACCCCCGGAGGCGCACUCCAUUGUCUCAAGACAGACAGGUGACAACGUCGUUUGGGGCGGGGUUUCCCCCAACCAUUUCCCCUGCUUACCCCAAUCCCCCUCCGUUCCAGGAACCAAUGAGCUGACGAGCGAGAACGAUGCGGCAAGAGAGGAGCUGGAGGUCAACGUCGGGGUUGUAGGUAUAGCGGAGCAGCGUGACGAAAGCUGGCAGGAGAGAUCCGUGGCGGCGGCUGCUUGUGAACAGCUCCCUGAACUCUCAGUCCCACCUCUGGGGACACAGGAGAGGAGGAGCGCAUUCUCCAGGAGGAGCGUGACCCGUAGGCAAGGCCUUGAGAACCAGAGAAGACCCAAGGAGCCCACGCUCCACAUAUGCACGGUCUGCGGACGUAGCUUCACGCGGGGAUCGAAUCUCUUUCGGCAUCAGAAACUCCACACGGGACAGAAGUCCCACUGGUGUGCAGUUUGCGGGCAGAGGUUCGCUCGGAAGGAGAAGCUCGUGAGUCACCAGAAAGUUCACAAAAAGAGGGUGAUGGCUGGACGAAGAGGCCAAGCGGGGGAAAUAGCCGCAAAGUCUUCCAGAAUCGCAACAGCAGGUGUGUAAAUUUGAAGCAGGUGUGGAGAACUGGAUCACAAAUGUGAGCCUGGUAGUCCUUAACCCUUUCUGCCCUGCCACUGGUCGGUUUGCACCAGUGUUCAAAAUUAGCCAGGCGCCAGGCGCCUUUUGCUUUCAACCACUUGUGACCAAGAGACAGGCUCCAGCGAUUUGAGCAGAUGAGACCAGAAGUGGGUCCAAUGAUUAAGAAAGUGGUUUCUUCAUGCGCUGUAGAGGGAAAUGAGGGCAGCCUGGGAAGGGAACCCGGAAGGAAAACUCUGAUCCUCAACCUCUGCUGCCUUGUGGGAUAUCUUCAGGAGAAUAAAAGGCUAUGGAGUAAAUCCUAUACAAAUCCAGAGUGGAUUCCCUAAGAUGGUUGGGUGGCGCCUUCUAUGCCUCCUUCCAGCCACUUCUGCAGCCAAGCUGGUGCCAAACCUAUUGCUCUGCUAUCCUCAGCGAGGCUGAGAUGGGGGUCUUGUCGUCUGGGCAGCCCAGGACCCCCAGACACACUGCCCUGGCAGGCACCCCGGACAGGUCACUUCAGUGCUGCUAGUGCAAAGUAAUAAUAAUAAUAAUAAUAAUUUAUUAUUUAUACACCACCCAUCUGGCUGCGUUUCCCCAGCCACUCUGGGCUGCUCCCAACAGAAUAUGAAUAUUAUUAAUAAUAAUAAUGUGAUAAAACAUCAAACAUUAAAAAUCUGCAACUGCAGAUUUCACAACUUUAUCUGUCACAAAUUUCUCAAACCAGACAAAAAUUUGUGACUUUCAGUAAUAAUCAUAAUAAUUUAUUAUUUAUACCCCGCCCAUCUGGCUGGGUUUCCCCAGCCACUCUGGGCGGCUUCCAACAAAAUAUUAAAAUACAAUAGUCCGUCAAACAUUAAAAGCUUCCCUAAACAUGGCUGCCUUCUAAAAUGGGUGUCUUCUAAAAGUCAGAUGAUAAUACAGUGGUGCCUCGUAAGACAAAAAACUCGCAAGACGAAAGAGUUUUUCGUUUUUUUGAGUUGCUUCGCAAGACGAAUUUCCCUAUGGGCUUGCUUCGCAAGACGAAAACGUCUUGCGAGUUUGUUUCCUUUUUAUUAAAACCGUUAAUACCCAGGAUGCAUUGCUUGAAGAGGUGCAGUUGCGACUUGACUUCGAGGAGCAACUCAUAGCACACGGUGUGGUAGCCUUUUUUGAGGUUUUUGAAGACUUUGGUGAUUUUUGAAGCUUUUCCAAAACUUCUUUUGCAGCCAUUUGGUAAGUUAAACUUUUAAAACUUUUUGGGGGGGUUUUGGAUUUUGGGUUGGGGUGUUUGGAAUUCAAGGACUUGGUGUUGGGGAGGGGUUUGCAAGAAUCUGGAAGCUUGUGUGGUUUUUUCCUGCAUUUUUAUGAAUUUUUGUGACCAUUGGGGCACUCUGCACUCUGCAUUUUUAUGAAUUUUUGUGACCAUUGGGGCACUCUCUGUUGUUUAAAAAAAAGAUUUCUGGGUUUCGAUUUCUGUGUGGUGGGUGGCUGGGAGAAUAGUUGAGAAGGGGUUUGCAAGAAUCUGGAAGUUUGUGUGUUUUCUAGGAGGUUUGGUGCUUUUGAAUUUUUUGGAUGUGAAGCACUGAUUUUUUGGGGGGGGGGGUUGCGAAGGCAGGAGCUGUGCUGCCAUGGGGCCCAAGAAGACUGCUGCUGCAGAGGCCGGUGAGAGGAAGAAGGAGAAGGUUACGCUGGAAAUGAAGAAGGAGAUCAUCCGGAAGCACGACGGUGGAAUGCGUGUGACAGACCUCGCCAGGGAGUAUGGGAGGAAUCCAUCGACCAUCGGGACCAUCCUGAAGAUGAGGGAGAAGAUCCUUGCGACUGAUGUAGCCAAGGGAGUCACCAGGAUCGUGAAGAACCGCCCAGCUGUUCUGGAGGAGGUGGAGAAGUUGCUGCUCAUCUGGUUAGAAGAGAAGCAGCGUGCAGGGGACACAGUGACUGAGGCCAUCAUUUGUGAGAAGGCCAAGGCCUUGCACGCAGACCUCGUCCGGCAACAGCCAGGAACCUCAGGCGAGCCAGAAGUCUUCAAGGCAAGCAGAGGCUGGUUUUACCGGUUCAAGACAAGAUCUGGAAUCCACAGCGUGGUCAGGCAUGGUUUCCUUGGGGAGGACCAUGGGCCUGGAGGUCACAGAGGAGGACGUCAGCGAGCUGGUGGAGGAGCACGACCACGAGCUGACCACCCAGGAGCUGGUCGAACUGCAGGCAGAGGCUGCGCAGGUGCAGGCCUCGCUGGAAGAGGAGGAAGCAACUGAGGAACGGCUGUCCUCCAAAGAACUGAGGGACAUUUGCCAGAAGUGGAAGGAUGUGCAGGCUUUUGCACAGCGGCACCACCCUGACAAGGACCUGACACGUGACCUUGUGAACACUUUUGAUACGAGGGUCAUGUCGUCUUUCAGGGAGGUGCUGAAAAGGCGGAUGAAGCAGCAGACCAUAGACAGGUUCUUCAGCAAGAAGCAAAGAAUGGAAGAGGAACCCUCUUCGAGUUGUCCCCCAGAGUCUUAGAAAAUGUAUGCACAGUACUGUACACUUUGGUGAUUUUUAAAUGCUUUUCUGUCAUGUUUAGAAACUUAAAUUAUUGUUCCUUCAAUUUUUGAAAUGCUCUUUACAGUAUGUGUGACUUUAAAGAGCACUUAAUAAACUCUUGUUGUACCAAAUUUGGCUUUGUUUGGACUUUUUUUGACCAUAGGAACGCAUUAAUUGAUUUUCAAUGCAUUCCUAUGGGAAUCCGUGCUUCGCAAGACGAAAAAACUCACAGAACGAAUUAAUUUUGUCUUGCGAGGCACCACUGUAAUAAUAAUAAUAAUAAUAAUAAUAAUAAUAAUAAUAAUAAUUUAUACCCCACCCAUCUGGCUGAGUUUCCCCAGGUACUCUGGGCGGCUCCCAGUCAAGUUUUAAAAACAAUACAGCGUUAAAUAUUAAAAACUUCACUGAACAGGGCUGCCUUCAGAUGUCUUUUGAAGAUAGGAUAGCUGCUUAUUUCCUUCACAUCUGAAGGGUUCCACAGGGUGGGCGCCACUAGCGAGAAGGCCCUCUGCCUGGUUCCCUGUAACUUGGCUUCUCGCAGCGAGGGAACUGCCAGAAGGCCCUCGGCGCUGGAUCUCAGCGUCUGGGCAGAACGAUGGGGGUGGAGACGCUCCUUCAGUUCUACUGGGCCGAGGCCGUUUAGGGCUUUAAAGGUCAGCACCAACACUUUGAAUUGUGCUCGGAAACAUUUUACUUCACCCCCGGAGGCGCACUCCAUUGUCUCGAGACAGACAGGUGAUUACGACAUUUGGGGCGGAGUUUCCCCCACCCAUUUCCCCUGCUUCCCCCAAUCCCCCUCCGUUCCAGGAACCAAUGAACUGACGAGCGAGAACGAUGUGGGAAGAGAGGAGCUGGAGGUCAACGUCGGGGUUGUAGGUAUAGCGGAGCAGCGUGACGAAAGCUGGCAGGAGAGAUCCGUGGCGGCGGCUGCUUGUGAACAGCUCCCUGAACUCUCAGUCCCACCUCUGGGGACACAGGAGAGGAGGAGCGCAUUCUCCAGGAGGAGCGUGACCUGGAGGCAAGGCCUUGAAAACCAGAGAAGACCCAAGGAGCCCACGCUCCACAUAUGCACGGUCUGCGGACGUAGCUUCACGCGGAGAUCAAAUCUCUUUCGGCAUCAGAAACUCCACACGGGACAGAAGUCCCACUGGUGUGCGGUUUGUGGGCAGAGGUUCGCUCGGAAGGAGAAGCUCGUGAGUCACCAGAAAGUUCACAAAGAGAGGGUGACGGCUGGACGAAGAGGCCAAGCAGGGGAAAUAGCUGCAAAGUCUCCCGGAAUCACAACAGCAGGUGUGUAAAUUUGAAGCAGGUGUGGAGAACUGGAUCCCAAAUGUGAGCCUGGUAGUUCUUAACGCUUUCUGCCCUGCAACUGGUCGGAUUGCACCAGUGUUCAAAAUUUGCCAGGCGCCUUUUGCUUUCAACCACUUGUGGCCAAGUGAAUAGGCCUGGAAGCCAGGAUGCCGCCAUCUGGAGAUCCUUGGAUCUGGAGCGUUUUCACACGCCAGUACCCCAUUCUGUAGAAUUCUGUCUGUUAUCUUUUAUCUGCGCAAUCGGAAUGAAUUUUGUGGAACCAAAUUGCUUUUUCUGUGCAGUCUGUUUUAAAAAAACAGGUCAGAAUAGGCCAAUAUAUAUGUGGACUGUCCCUGGCUCAAGUGACUUUUCUUUUUUUAAGUCAGUGGUUCCCAGCGUUUUUUUGGCCAUGCCCCACCUAAGCAUCUCUAAAAUCCUGGUGCCCCCCCCCAUGACAUAUAACUCUUCUUAUUCAAAAAGUGAACUCCUCUUCACAUGGAGGAAGCCUAAAAGGCCAUUAAUUUGGUCUAAGCAUGGGGACAUAGCUGUCAACUUUUCCACUUUUUAAAGGGAAAUUCCCUUAUUCCAAAUAGGAUUCCUCACAAGAAAAGGGAAAUGUUGACAGCUAUGCAUGGGGAUUGUCUGCGUAAUUCCUCAUCUCAGAUCAUGAGGCUCUUAAUCCCAGGGUCAUGGGUUUGAGCCCCGUGUUGGGUUAAAAAUUCCUGCAUUGCAGGAGGUACCUUUUUUUCGCCCUAUGGAACACACUUUUUCCCCUCCAAAAAUGAAGGGGAAAUGUGUGUGCAUCCUAUGGGGCGAAUGCAGGCUUUCGCUGAAGCCUGGAGAGCGAGAGGGUUCGGUGCGCACCGAACCCUCUCGCUCUCCAGGCUUCAGGAAGCUAUCCGCAAGCCUGGGGAGCCCGCCGGGAGUUGACAGCCGGGCUCCCUAGGCUUGCGGAUAGCAGCCUGUUCUGGGGGCUGGGGUCGGGGGAAGCUUGGGCUUUCCUUGCCCCAGCCCCGCGCCUGGCGGGGGGAAAUAAUUUUUUUUUCUUUAUUCCCCCCCCCCAAAAAAAACUAGGUGCGCCCUAUGGGCCGGUGCACCCUAUAGGGCAAAAAAUAUGGUAGUUCUAUGAUCCUCUGUCUGUCUUUUCUCUUUCUGUUUUUAAAUAAUAUUUAUUAAAAAUUUCCAAUCAAACCAAAUCAUAUAUUCCAAAUUAUACAAAUUAUCCCAUAAUCAAACAAAUCCCAAUGUUAUGUCUAAUUAUAAAUUAUUAUUAUUUUUUAGCUGACUUCCCAUGCUUUGAGAUCGGAGGGAAUCCUAAUCAUCUCUGUGUGGUUUAGCAUUUCAAAAUAUGAAAAUAAUUUCCUGAAAAUAAUUAAGGAUUAACAUCAGGUUCUCUGUCUUUCAUUCCAGAAGGUCCUGUGUGGACGAUUCAGGAUGAGCUGCUUUGGGUCCCGUCGGAAGGAAACGGAGUGUGUGGAGAGGAGAAGCGAAACGGUGGGAAGAGGAGAGAAGGAAGAACAACAGGGACUCAGAGGGGAAAGCCCGUGGCAGAAGAGCUUGACUUCAAAGUCUCAAUCCCACAAGCGGGACAGCAAGGAGCGGCGGGAAGGGUGGUGUGCGCCGUCUGUGGGAAAAGCUUCACUCGCAAAUCCACGCUUACCAGACACAUGAAAGCCCACACAGGAGAGAGGCUUCACAAGUGCUUGGACUGUGGGAAGAAGUUCAGCCCGGCGGUGUUGGAACGUUGGAGGCCCAAGGCAAAGAUGGCAGACACAGGGAGGAAAACGUAUGAGUGUGUGAAGUGUGAGGGGGGCAGCCGUCCCAAGCUGAGCCUUAAUGGCUGCAAGAGCAUCUGCGAGAGGACAAAACGGUUCAGGUGUUUGGAGUGCGGCCACAAAUCCAUCUCUCUGUCGCUCCUUCUUAGACACCAGAGAAUCCACACGGGAGAGAAACCGUAUCUGUGCCCCAUCUGCGGGAGGAAGUUCCGCCAGUCCGCGCAUCUCGUCAGGCACGAGAAGACGCAUGGAAAGAAGAAGCCACAUUUCUGA